AUGAGCAACGAUAUGCGCCAAGCCCCAGGGGCCGGUAGCGGGUCGAAACGGCGAUUGACCGACACCGACGAAGAUGCCAGACGCAUGCCUGUUGACGACAAUUCCACACAAUCUAAGCGGCAGCGAGUGUCGCGUGCCUGCGACAGCUGUCGCUCCAAGAAGGAUAAAUGCGAUGGGGUGCAGCCGGUCUGCUCGACUUGCGCAUCAUUAUGUCGACCUUGCACUUAUAAGACCAACCCCAAGAAGCGAGGCUUGCCGACCGGAUACAUUCGCACGUUGGAGUUGCUGUGGGGACUUGUCUUUUGUAAGAUAAAGGGGAGCGAGGAGGUGGUCCGCGCCUUGCUCAGGGCAGCCAAUAUGCCGAGUCACCUGGCUACUAUGGGCAAAGAGGCGGAGGGUUCCGAUGAUCUUGUUUCAUCCUGGAAGAAUAGCGCCGUCCUCAAGGACAUAGAGCGCAUGUUGACUUUAUUGGACCAGCCGGAGGAGGAACAGGACAAGGCCAUUCGAGGGCCCGGGGAGACGGAUUCUCCGGAAGCUGGGGGGAGCAGUAUACUCUCCUCGGACACGCUCGAGUGGCAGCUACCUGAAGGUGCCACGGAUGCACGCCAAUCACAGACUGCUGGUCUAUCUCCUUCCGAAAUGCCGUCACAUGGAGCCAAUCCCAGACAUCUACCGCUUCGUACUACAAAAGACAGCAGCACUCAGACAGUCCUCCGUUCAGAUACCAUUGGCACCUCUACAGGGAGCGUUCUGUCGCAGCCUUUUGUACAAUCACAAUCUUCAACCCUCCCUCGACUUCCCUCCAAUGUGUGGACGCUGCUUGAUGUCUACUUUUCUUACACACAGUGUUGGUUUCCCAUUCUCGAGAAGCAUGAUAUACUUCGAACGGCAUUCCGUCAGUCUGAAGAUAAUGCGCAAAUUUCGCCUCGGACGACAGGGUCCGGGGACUGCGCUGCCCUUUGGGCGGUUUUGACUCUAGCAUCCAUGCAAGAGAGGUCGAUCGCGGCCACACGUCAGAUGGGAGCUUCUCCAAACCGGCCACGCUCUAAUCAGCUAUACGCCACGGCAAGAGCAUUGAUACCCGCCGAGAAGGGCAUUCACGAAAUUGGGCAUGUGCAGGCUCUGCUGAUUCUGUCCUUGGUUAGACUCGGACAACAGGAAUGGAAAGCUGCGUGGGUGCUGGUAGGGCAAGCAGUUCGAAUUGCACGGUGGCUGGGUUUGGGUUCUCCACUGACUGGCAUGACUGGAAAUGAGAAGGGCUCGACACGGUCAAAACACGUCUUUUUAGGCUGUUUCGUACUGGAGACGCUGGUAGCCAUCAAGACUGGUCAGGUACCAUCGCUACGCAAAGAAGAUCUCGUGAAAACCGGCCCGAUCAAUGAGGAUGGUCUGGAGGAAUGGCAUCCUUGGGAAGAUCAGACCGGCCUGCGACCCCCAGAAUCGUCGCGUGGUCCUUCUCACCGUGGACCCCUUCAUGCCCUCAGCACAUUCAACCGGCUGAUCUCUUUGAUGUGCAUCUUGAACGAGGCUUGUUGCACAAAGCAAUUGGAGAACAAUCCGGCACCACAACUCGAGGCGCUGGAACGACAGUUACAACAUUGGGUGUCGGCCCUCCCUAAAAGCUACCGGGUCGACUUGCAAAGUCCUACAAGGCUUGCCUCGCCUCACAUAUUUGGACUGGAAAUGAUGUUUGAAAGUAGCGUCACCGCUUUAUCUUUGGAUACUCUACGCCAGAGUGAUAAACACAUGUCAGACACGAGAAAGAAUCGUGCGAUUGAGAGCUUAAAGAGGCUCCUGCUGCUGUUGCAAAAGUACAUGGAAACUUAUAGCCUGGCGGCGACAAGUCCAAUCUUUGGAAUGCUUUUGACGUUUGGUAUCUCCCCAGGGGAGGGACAGGGCGCACCGGGGGUGUUCGAACUUGAUCUUGGCCUCAAGAACAAACUUGAAGCGUAUUCCUCGCACCUUUCUACGGUAUGGUUGCAAGACAGCGAUGGAGAGGGAGCUGGUCUCUCACUGAGAGCGGAAGAUGCAUUCGUGCCGACGCCAGCGGACCGGUUAAGUCAUGUACAUCACGUUGAUGCAUCUGCUCGACAUCUGUCAUCGGACAGUAUGACCGGCCAUACUGCCUUGCAGCCAUUGCACGGUAGUGGACAACAAGAGAUGCGAGCUAUAUUCUCUACACCGGACUCGUUCUUGACAAGCCCCUGGACAAGGACGCCGAAUGAAGACAACGUUGCUCUGUCUCUACCGACACCUUCGGCCAGGGGAGCCGCCGGACAUUCGAACCAUGCUUCCCAGCUACAGAACUCCACUACCCUGAGACCUCACUCCUUGAACUCCUCCGCUCCGAAACUCAUCAAUGACCGAAGUACAAUACCCGACAUACCAUCGCCCUUUCCCGUAAACACGCCCCAGUACCAGCAGACAUAUAGCGAUCCGAAUCUGCACCUCGGGACAUUUAUUGAUAUUGAAGGAUAUGCAUCAUUACGCCGACCGCGAAUCGCGCCUGACCUUGAUGCAUUAUUUGACGAGCUGGCCUCGUUGGACGGUACCGAGAAGGGUGACAAUCAGCCCGAGUUUAUGCAGAACCUGGGGUUUGUCCCUGAUGCCGGGCUUUCGGAUCUAUACUCGUACUCCAGUCAAGAGCCUUUUCUUCUGGCACAGACGCAGCAACUUUCCGAGGGUUCUGCGGUCAUACACCGAGAACGACAGCCGAAACGAUGA